AUGGGGAAACCGUAUCAUCAUCUGGUUGGAUCACGUUUUGUUCCCAAUGAUCUAGUGCUGGUGAGGCAACUUCGCAACAUGGUGGAGAGGAAGCAGAGCAGUGUAGGCAUAACAACUAUGGACGUCUACCAAGCCGAGCCGUGGCUUCUUCCUCACGUAAGCAAUCCUCUUUUCAAGAAGAAGGAAUGGUACUACUUUGUUCCGAAAUUUCGUGACAAGAGAUCAAGCCGGAGUGUACCAGGAAGAGGAGGAAGCAAAGCUGGCUUUUGGAGAAGCGGCGUCACGAAAAUAGAAAUCAAGGACGGAAAUAAAAUCAUUGGUUACAAGAAGCCUCUUACGUACCACACCUUAGUGCAUGGAAAAGCCAAGCCUACCGAUUGGCGCAUGACCGAGUAUUACAGAGUUGACGAGGGCUUCCAAAAUUUGGUCUUGUGUCUGAUCCGAGACAAGACAAAGACGAAAGUGGACAAACGCAUUAACCAUGUUCCUCAAACUCAGACUCAGCCUGGGCCUCAUUCGCAAUAUCAACUUCAGCCUCAGCCUCAGGUGGCGGCGGAGAACACCAACAACAUCCUACCGAACCAAUUAGUGCAUAAAGAGGCUGAUUUUACCGGGUUUGCUGAGGAGCUUGAGACGAUAAUGCUAGAGGGACAAGAAGAACGUGACGCUAAAAAAGAAGCUGAUUUAACCGGUUUUGCUGAUGAACUUGAGACGAUAAUGCUAGAGGGACAAGAAGAUCGUGACAUUAAUGAACAACAACAAGAAGAAGAGAUACCGAUGAUUCCUCUGGGGCAGAUCCACGAAAACAACAAGAACGUCAUGAUGUCGAAUCAACAAGUGCAAGAAGAGGCGGCUGAUCUAACCGGUUUUGCUGAUGAGCUUGAGACGAUAAUGCUAGAGGGAGAUGGUGACGCUACUGAACAAGUAUGCGAGAGGGAGAGAAAGAUCGUGUUAUUCAACUGCAACAACAACAGUUNAAGAAGAGAUACCGCAGAUCCACGACAAAACAACAACGUCAUGAUGUCGAACCAACAAGUGCAAAAAGAAGCUGAUUUAACCGGUUUUGCUGAUGAACUUGAGACGAUAAUGCUAGAGGGACAAGAAGAUCGUGACAUUAAUGAACAACAACAAGAAGAAGAGAUACCGAUGAUUCCUCUGGGGCAGAUCCACGAAAACAACAAGAACGUCAUGAUGUCGAAUCAACAAGUGCAAGAAGAGGCGGCUGAUCUAACCGGUUUUGCUGAUGAGCUUGAGACGAUAAUGCUAGAGGGAGAUGGUGACGCUACUGAACAAGUGCAAGAAGACGCUGGUUUAGCCGGUCUUGCUAAUGAGCUUGAUAUGCUGAUGCAGAUGCGAGAGGGAGAGAAAGAUCGUGUUAUUCAACUGCAACAACAACAGUUAUACGAAGAGACGCAGAGCGGCAACAAUGAUGUGAUACAUCCUCCUCCGAUGCACAACAACAGCAACAACGACAUCAUGACGAGGCUAGGGGGACAAGAACAAGGUGAAUUCACUCAGCAGCAACAAAGACAACUAGAAGAAGUGAUACCGAUUCCUCCUCCGAUGCACAACAACAACAACGACGUCGUCAUGAUGAAGUGGGGGCAUGAAUUGAUUGACAUAGAGGAAUUCCUGAUGAAAGAUAACGAAGGCGAAGACGUCACCGAACAAGAAGAGCGAUUUCAACUGCUGGUGCAACCGAUUUAUCAAGCUCAAGAAUGGAUGCAACUCGUGGGUGAUCAAGAAGAUGAUACGAUGAUGAUGAUAGACAAUCCUAACAAUGCCCAAGCGUUGGGGAAUUAUGAGUUUACUAGUAUUAAUUCCGUACUACGUACGAUCCAAACAUAA